GCACUUUUUUGAGAGACGGGAGCCGACUGAUCAGUCCGACUGCCUUUUCUGCCGAAGAGGGCUGGGCGGGCUUUGCUGCAGCUGAGGAUGAUGAAUGGUCUGGUGUGCUAGAGCUAGAUGGUGUGCGAAUGAUGGACCUCCCUAAUGGCCAAUCAAGCAUCACCACCACCGCUGCAACGGUCUCUGAGAAGAGCAGCAGCUCCGAGUCUCUAAGCGAUAAGGGUUCUUCGGACCUGAAGAAGAGUUUUGAUGCUGUUGUGUUCGAUGUGCUGAAGGUCACUCCCGAAGAAUAUGCAGGCCAGAUUACACUCAUGGAUGCUCCUGUGUUCAAAGCCAUCCAGCCAGAGGAGUUGUCGAGCUGCGGCUGGAACAAGAAGGAGAAGCACAGCUCUGCUCCAAAUGUUGUGGCCUUCACUCGCAGGUUCAACCAGACGAGUUUCUGGGUGGUACGAGAGAUCCUCCAUGCUCAGACGUUGAAGAUCCGAGCGGAGGUGCUGAGUCUGUACAUUCGCACUGCCAAGAAACUAUGUGACAUGAACAACCUCCAUGCGGUCAUGGCUGUUGUGUCAGCGUUACAAAGUGCCCCCAUCUUCAGGCUUACCAAAACAUGGGCGUUACUGAGUCGGAAGGACAAGGCAACGUUUGAUCGCCUUGACUACCUGAUGUCCAAAGAAGACAACUAUAAACGUCUGAGAGACUUCAUAAGCAGCCAGAGCAUGGUCUCCUGUAUCCCAUACCUAGGGAUGUACCUGUCCGAUCUGACGUAUAUAGACUCCGCCUACCCCUCCACGGGCAGCAUACUGGAGAACGAACAGCGAUCAAACCUGAUGAACAAUAUUCUCCGAAUCAUAUCGGACCUGCAAAGAUCCUGUACCUACGAUGUGACAGUGUUGCUUCAUGUACAGAAGUAUCUGAACUCCGUCAGGUACAUCGAGGAGCUGCAGAAGUUUGUGGAGGACGACAAUUACAAGUUGUCACAGAAGAUUGAACCAGGCACCAGCACACCACGAGCAAACGCCUCCAAAGAGGAUCUAGUCGGCCAGGAAGCGUCAGCAUCUCCUCUCUGCGGCCGUAAAUGUACAGUAGCAGCUGAAGGAACCAAAGUCCCGGCCACACCGCCCUCCCCCAGGAACCUGCUGCCCUACGGACACAGGAAGUGCCACAGCCUGGGCUACAAUUUCAUCCAUAAGAUGAAUACAGUAGAGUUCAAAAGCGCUACGUUCCCCAAUGCUGGUUCUCGCCACUUGUUGGACGACAGUGUGAUGGAGAGCCACAGUCCCACCAGGGGGCAAGCAGAAAGCUCAACUCUGUCCAGUGGUAUUUCACUUGGUAGCAGCGAGGGCUCUGAGCUCAGUGAAGAGGUGUCCUGGCCAGCUUUUGAGAGGACUCGGUUCUAUCACUCUCUGGGCCCAGUCACCCGUGUGGCCCGCAUCCCCUACAGAGGAGUCCUGAGGCCCAGCAGCUCCGCGGAGUCAGAGGAGCUCGCAGUUCACUUGUACCCCGGAGCUGUCACAGUGCAGGGGGUAUUGAGACGGAAGACUGUGCUCAAGGAGGGCAAGAAACCAACAGUGGCGUCAUGGACCAAAUACUGGGUCGCUCUUUGUGGUACCCAGCUCUACUACUACACCGCCAAGUCCCUGAAGGCCACUGAGAGAAAACAUUUCAAGUCGACGUCCAGUAAGAGCGUGUGUGUAGUGGGUCUCAUGGCCAUGAUGGCUGACGAUCCCGAGCAUCCUGAUGUCUUCUUGCUGACGGAUUCCGAGCAAGGUAACACCUACAAGUACCAAACGGGGAACAGAAUGAACGCUUUGCUCUGGUUCAAACAUCUGAGCGCUGCCUGCCAGAGCAAUAGGCAACAGGUGCCAGCCAAUCUGAUGUCAUUCGAGUGACCGAUGCUGAGGAGUGUAACAGAGCAAAGGGAGAGAAGGAUGUGGAAACAGACGAGGAGGAUGAGGAGGAGUAUUGAUGACGCAGUAGUGGGAGCUUUCACUGCCAUGAGACCUGACCGCCGAUUCUCCGAUUCUAACCCCGGCCUCACCUGCCGCCACUGCCUUAACCAGUACUGUGUGUGUGUGUGUGUGUGUGUGUGUGUGUGUGUGUGUGUGUGUGUGUGUGUGUGUGUGUGUGUGUGUGUGUGUGUGUGUGUGUGCUGACUACUGAACAAGGACCUGCACCACUGCUCUUUUCUCCCAUUUGCUCUCAGUGUCUUUUGUUUUUACUGUGCAGCACUUCAGUGGAGCCAUUCGACUUCUCCUCUUCUCUCACAGACACUGUCCUCUGAUGGACAAAAAUAAUCCCCUUCUUUGUUUUUUUUAAGGGGUUAACUAUUUUCAUUUGUGUCCCCGCCAUGCUGAAACGCAAGAUUUUCAUCUUUUAAUCGGCUGGACACAAUCACAACACGCACACUCACAUCGGACUAACCCGUUGGACUUCUGGAGGGUUUGAAAACACUUCUUUACUCACUUGGUUCCUACUUGCAAUUGUUGGUCUCUUCAUUUUCUUGUGUUGGCUUGGAGUCGCAUGCUUAUUUACAUGGGCCACGCUCUCACACUCUCGCACACACACCGGCCUAUUUGAUCGUGUUGUAAGGGCUCUGAUUCGCAAUCGAUUCCAGCAGAAACAAUUUCCCCACUACCUGAAUGUGUCUAGUUUUUAUUACAGAACUCUGCCCGCCUUUUUUCCCUUAUACUCGCUAAGUGUUCUGAACGUAUGUGUGCGUGUUUGUAUAACUACAUUGGGUGACGAGGGUUGGGAGGGCAAAUAUAAUAUAAUAUUUGCUUAAAUUACAGGAAUCUCGUCUGUGUUCCACAUAGGUACGAUCAUCCCAGAAUCUAAGCUAAGACGUGUUCAUAGUUGGGUGGACGACAGUUAAUUCUUUAACAAACCUGUAUCUUUUGUUUUUCUCCAGUGUUGUCUGCUCUCUGCCAACAGACACUCGCUUUACUAGACUCACAUAUACUUAACACUAAAGACUUGAAACUGUGAAAGGGUCCAAGAGAGAUAGCAACGAGAACUCAUAAUACAUGAUUUUAUCUCCUCUGGUCUGAAGCAGACAUUCAAAGCUACCUGGAGCCAUACAGAGUCUACUUUAAAUCUUGUUAGUUUAUAUUGUUUUGUGUUCCUUUUUUUUUACCUUUUUUGGGAGGGAUGGUGCAGUUCACAGUAUUACCAUGUAGUAGAUGAUUGCACAUCAAUGUAGUUUUGUCUGUUACAUUUUUGUGUUUUACUCCCCUUUUGGAGCAGUUAUUUUGAAUAUUUUAUGUACAUGUGAAUUUAAUUUUGUCAAACCAAAUUUGCCCCUUAUUCUAUUAACCAGGACCCAGCUCUAUUUUAGGCCCUAACUGUGUUACAUCUGAUUAAGCACCUUGGUUAUAAUUAGUGCCAAGCGAUGUAACAUCACUGUUUUUCUUCAGGUUGACAAAACGUUGCAGGAGCUGCAGUGGAAUCAGAUGGAGGUAUAGGCAUGUAACAACCUGGGAUUUACAGUUUAUCACUGUGCAUCACAGAUGUUUCACGGUGUCGCAGACAGACUAUUACCGUUUGUUGUUGUUGGGAGCUUAUUGCAUCCAAUCGAACAAACAUUAACAGGAUGAUGGAGAUGACAAUGAUAGGAGGCUUUUUGCCCAAUAAUAUUCAUCAAUUUUUUUUUUUUUUUUUAAACAGCUGUUUACAUUGUAUGUUUACACAAUCUUUUGCCCAAAUCACAGUCCACUCAGUGCUCCACAUGUACUGUGUAAACCUUAGUAUUACAGUAUGUAGAAAGAAAUGUCCUGCCUAUCAGUGGGGUAUAUCAAGCUCAGAGUUAGUUUCAUGCUGUUGUUAAGGGGUGAUGGGAUGGAGAGGUGAACAAAUCCAUACUUGCAGCACUGGAUCCCCUCUAAUGUGCUUCACUCGGUCUUCUCCUGGCUAGUAUCCAGUCAAUAGUGGCACAAUGAUGUUUUUAAACUGUCCUCAACACAAUAUACAAGUCAACAAUGCAACUUUUUAGGUCAGAAAGAACCACACCAAACUGACAAUUUAGUUCCCAUAAAGAGAUGUUCAGUCCUUUGUAUAUAAUUUGACAGGAGGGCUAGUAGUGGAUGAACCUGUGGAAGAAUGAAUGAGGAAUCCAAAGACAGACAUAUAUAAUAUGUGUAUGCAUUUGUGUGCCUGUGCAUACUUGUCUAUUUUUCUAAAACAUUGUAAUUUAAUCCCUCGUGGGGUGACCAGCUACCUAAUCUUGCACGUGACUGACUGCCAGCUCAUGCCACAACUUCACGCUGGCUUGUGUUAUACUGAAAGUGUGAAGAAAAGGAUUCAUCAGCAGAUAAGAAGUGAAAAGUGGUUCUCAUCUGUGUCCAUUGUGGCCUGUGAAGUACUUUUUGCUGCACAAUGGAGCAGAGACUGUUUGAAGGGAUCCCAGAGCUGAAGCCCUAUGGAGACUGAUUAUCGCUGGUGUUUGAAUCCGAUUGGUUGGCUGGGGACAAAGUGUCUGUGAUUGAAAUGGGUGAGUCAGAAUUUUGGGUUGAAGGAGUUAGACUGUUUACCUCUGUAUAUCUACAGAUGGUGGAGCUUAACCGGCUGUCAUUUGCAAUAUGUUGACACAUUGGAGAAGUUUAACAAGAAUUGAUGCGGUCUUAAAAAAAAAAAGGACUGUAAACUGAAGGAGCUGGGAUGUAAACAAACCCAACGCAGACAGUCAACAUUACGUCACAUUUCCCUUUUUUCUAUUUACUUUAUCCGAUGUGACGAGAGAUGUAACUGAUGUUGUUUCCUGAGUUACAACUUUUAUACCUAACCAGACCCUUUUUUUUUGGGGGGGGGGCAUCUUGGAAGGUUUAUUUGAAUCAGUUUGGGUUUAACAAUCCUUUCCUCAUGAAUUACCCAGAUCAUGUUGAGCGCUUUUUGUGAGCUUUUCACUCACUGCAACCUGAGUUUACACAAUUGUCUUUGUUUUAUUAUCCUUGUUGUACAGUGUACAGAACUGUCAAAAUAUUGGAAACACGUUUCAUUUUGGGAUGUUUUGUGGUUUUAGCCGACUCAUUUCUUAGGAUUUCAAGGCCAAUCACUACUAGCAUCAUAACCACACAAUCAUCUAUUUUGGGACAAGAGUGGAAAAUUUAAAUGUCAGGCGCUCCUCAUUUAAGAUCAUUUUUGGCUAUUACAACGAAACUUGAUGCUUGAAUAUUCCCCCUUUCUGUGAUGAGUUGUUUCCUUUUUAUUGACCAUACUAUGUACAAAUGCACAAUUUGCCCUGUAUGAACUGUUUUGAGUGAAUCUGCCUUCUGAAUUCAUUAUUUUAACACUUGAGAUGAAGGUUUUGACCGGAGGAAGCAUUUUCAGUGUGGUUAUACAAUGUGUUUGUCCUCGGAUUUGGUGGAGAAGUGGAAUCAAUGUGAAUCUGGACAGGCAUCGUUCACUGUUUACCAAUGACAUCAACAACAAUAACCUUUGUUCAUGCCGCUAAAGGUGACGAGGGUGAUGUGUAGGUGACCUUUGACCUCCACCCUUUACCUGGCUCUGUGUGUGUCUGUCUCUCUCUGCCCUGUGUCAUAACUCUGGCGAGCGCUGUGACCUCACUGCUGAGUGAUGCGCUUCCUGGUGUGAAGACUGAGAACCAAUAAACACUCUGCCCUUUUUUUUUACUCCACA